AUGUUUGGAGACAAAAUUAACCAACAUGCUUCAAAAUGUGGAACCUCCAGAAAUGUAUUGAGUCGAUAUGCAAUGCAUUUAAUUUAUAGAGUACCACCAGACAUUCGUGAAACUAAUCUGAAAGCCUACACACCUCGAAUUGUUUCAAUUGGCCCUAUUCACAAAGCACGUUACGCUGGAAAUGAAGACAGCAUUUUUGAGUCUAUGGAAGAGCUUAAAGUGAACUAUCUCAAGGCAUUUCUAUAUCGAACCCAAAUACCUAUGGGAACCUUUGUUGUCACACUUCAUGCGUUGGAAGACAAAAUUCGAAGUUGUAUUAAAUAUAACAGCGAUGAUUUCUUAAAGAUGAUUCUCAUUGUUGCUUGCUUCAUAAUUGAGCUUUUUUUUAGACUCUAUAGAUACAACUAUUGGCAGGGAAAGGACCUUGUGUUGCUAAACCCAUGGAUGCAAAUGCAAAUUUGGAGAGACUUGAUAGAAAAUCAACUUCCUUUCUUCAGAUUUCUUAAAUUCAAGGUCAGUCCAAAUGAAAAUGAAUGCUUACUUGACUUGACCUAUUCUAGUGAGGGUGUGUUGACAAUGCCAAUCUUGAAUGUAGCUGACGAUUCAGAAAUGUUGUUCAGGAAUAUAUUGGCAUUUGAGCAUUGUCACCUUUCAGAUGAUACAGAUAUCAUCACUCAAUACCUAAAGAUUCUAGAUUUUCUUAUCAACACUGAAAGAUGUGAAUGUACUAGUUGA